AAUUCACCUAAUGGCAGGAAGGAUUCCAGUGGAUGUGUCAAGAGCUGCAGUUGGAAGAGAAAUGGAGGAUGUCUUUGUGCAGAACCUAAACUACGCAGCUGAUAUCUUGGCCAAGGAAGGAAUCACUGGAUUGAUUGAGCCAAUCAACACAAGAAUUACAGACCCUUGCUACUUUCUGGACUCCCCUCAUCAAGCUGCAGCAAUACUGGAGAAGGUUGGCAAGCCCAACAUCCAGCUACAGAUGGUUCGUACUUUUGAAAAUGUGUCUGUUAUCAGUUUACUCUGCAGUUGCAUUCACUGUUGCAGGACAUUUCACUGGCAAGUAAUGGAUGGAAAUCUGACAAAAAACAUGCACAAAUAUUUUCCCAUAAUAGGCCAUGUUCAGAUUGCACAGGUUCCAGGCAGGAAUGAACCUGACAGCGAUGGAGAGUUGUGUUACAGAUACCUGUUAAACACACUGGAAAAGCUUGGUUAUCAAGGAUAUGGCUGUGAAUACAAGCCACUUGACUCCACAGAAAAGAGUCUGGGAUGGAUCCAACAAUUCUGGGCCCAGUAUUCUUGAACUUUUCUGAAAGUCCAGUGGCCUUAUAUUUUUUUCU